AACACUUUUAGUUGUAUGUGUUCAGAGAGCAUAAAAUGCCGUUGCACAUUCAGCUGCAACUUCUAAGCAGAAAAUUGAACUAAUAGUUAUCAGCCGAUAUCAGGAUGGGUUACGGCUUUUUCCUUGAUGUCUUAUUCUCCGAUGAAUAUAAGAGUUUCAUUCUUCUUGAUUACAAAUUCUUCGAACUCACCUGCUAUCCUGGAAAAAGCCCGUUCUAUUUCCGGAGGAGCCGAAGUAUGGCAAGAGUAUAUCAAUCUGCCCGUCUCACUAGGGACAAAAUGAUGAUAAACAUUGAGUUAAGUGCAACCGCUUUCUAUAAAGGUGGUCCACUUGUCCAAAUUUUGAAAAAUAUUGGAACUUAGAUCUCC